AUGUCCGCCCCGGUAGCACUGAGAGCCAGAGCGCGCGAGUACACGCAGCUCCAGGCGCAGAAGCUCGCACUCGAUCUGACCCGCGAGCUGCUGACGCUGCCUGGCGACGGUGACUUCCGAGACGGCAGCGGCACCGACUGCCGUAACUACGGCGGACUCACCGGUCUGCCGGAACUGCGCGCCAUCUUCGGUGAGCUGCUGGGUAUCCCCGUUGCGAACCUUCUCGCCGGCAACAACGCGAGCCUCGAGAUCAUGCACGACAACGUCGUGUUCUCACUGCUGCACGGCACUCCGGAUUCGGCCCGGCCAUGGGCACAGGAAGAGAAGAUCAAGUUUCUCUGCCCCGCACCGGGCUACGACCGCCACUUCGCGAUCACCGAGUCCCUCGGCAUCGAGAUGAUUGCGGUGCCGAUGAACCACGACGGCCCGGAUGUCGUCAAGAUCGCCGAACUUGUUGCGUCAGAUCCGCAGAUCAAGGGCAUGUGGGCGGUUCCGGUUUACGCGAACCCCACCGGUGCCGUGUACUCGAAGAAAUUGUCCGGACGCUCGCGUCGAUGCCGACGGCCGCGCCGGACUUCCGCCUGUACUGGGACAACGCCGGAGGCCGGACACCCCAACCGUCCGCUCGUGUUCGCGUCGACGUCCAAGAUCACUUUCGCCGGCGCUGGUGUGAGCUUCUUCGGUAGCUCGGCGGAAAACCUUGCCUGGUACCAGAAGUUCCUGGCUUCGCCACCUGCGUUUCUUCGGCAAUGCCGACGGCGUUCGGUGCGCACAUGGAGAAGCAUCGCGCGUUCCUCGCACCCGUUCGAGCUCGUACUGCGGAUCCUCGAGGAUCGUCUAGGUGCCUCGAAGGUCGCGUCCUGGACGGAGCCGAAGGGCGGAUACUUCAUCAGCCUCGACGUGGUCGACGGCACGGCCAAGCGGGUCAUCGAACUGGCGAAGAACGCGGGUAUCGCGCUCACCGCUGCCGGAUCCGGCUUUCCGUACAGCACGGAUCCGGACGACCGGAACAUCCGGUUGGCCCCGAGCUUCCCGUCCACGGCUGAACUCGAAGUUGCCAUGGACGGCGUGGCGACGUGUGUCCUGCUCGCAGCCACCGAAUCGCUGACGGGCGCGAUCAACGCUUCGGAUGGACCCUCUUUCGAGGCGCACACCGCGAAAUCAGAGUCGGUCAUCGAAGCUGACAUACCGCGACGCAGUCUCCGUGUCGGUGUUCUCGGAUUCUCUGUGCUCGGUGUUCUGGCAGUCGCGUCCGUGCUGAUGGUUCUUUUCGCCGUGCCGAUGAAUACGCGUCCUCGAAGGGAUGAUGUUCACGUACACCCCGUUUGCGGCUUUGCUGUUCACGGUGUGGGCGGUGCUCGUUCAAACAGGCGAUUGUCGUGGACGGGUUUGAACAUCGCUGCGUUGUUCGCAGUGAUCGUGUUGUGCUGGAAGUACCUCGGUUAUCGGCUCGACGUGAAGGCGUACGCCGUCAGUGCGUUAGCCACCACGAUCUUUCUGUUCAUGGAACCGAUACGUACGACGCUCUGGCUCGGGCAGAUCAACAUCUUCCUGCUGCUCUUGAUCGUGUGGGACCUCAGUCGGGACGAGAAGAGUCGGUCCGAGGGUCGGGGCAGGCAUCGCCGCCGGCGUGAAGCUCACCCGGCCUUCUUCUGGGCGUACCUCUUCAUCACUCGUCAAUGGCGUGCGUUGGUGACGGCCGUCGUGACGUUCGCGGCGACCGUCGCGAUUGGUUUCGUCGUGAUCUACAACGAUGCGUACAAGUACUGGACCGAGCACUCUUGUCGACAGCGAACACGUCGGACCGACGGAUGCUCGCAACCAGUCCGUGUCCGGUCUGAUCGCUCAGCUCACUCACACCCGACGCCGUCGCGGGUCCUGGUCCUCGUCUUCAGUGCGCUGGCGGUAUGCCUCGGACUCGUGCCGCGUGGAUUGCUCACCGGCACGGCCAGAAAUUGCUCGGCCUCACCA